AUGCAUAUCAACAUCUGUUCGAACUACUCCGACUGGGGAACGCACUAUCCCCCUGACGUCUGUGGUCCCUUGUUUGAGGAAGAGUUAGAAUACUGGGGCCUCGACUCCAACCAAGUGGAGCCUUGUUGCUGGAUGACAUACACUGCGCACAGAGACACGCAAGAAACAUUGGCUGUGUUGGAUCGCCUUGACCUGGACACAGAUAAACCCAGUGAGGAGGAGUUAGCCCGCAAGUUCGGGUUUGAAGAUGAUUACUUCUCUGGAAACCUCUCAUGGUGGCAGAAGACUAAACCUAAAUUAUGGUCCCUUUUUGACGAGCCAUACUCCUCUCAAGCUGCCAAGGUAAUUGGUGUGAUCUCUGUAUUCUUCAUCUGCGUGUCCAUCUUAUCGUUCUGCCUGAAGACACACCCGGAUAUGCGGGUGCCUGUUAUAGAGAAUGUGACCGUUCAGACAGCAGAAAAUACCACAGUGUGGACACUGGACAAGAAAGCAACUAAUGCUCAUGAAGCAUUCUUCUAUAUAGAGUGUGUCUGUAACACUUGGUUUACUUUUGAAAUAUUAAUUAGACUAAUUGCAUCACCCAACAAGUUUAUGUUUCUUAAAGCUUCAGUGAACAUGAUUGAUUUUAUUGCUACCUUGAGCUUCUAUGUGGACAUUCUAUUGCAGAAGUUUGCUUCCCACUUGGAAAACGCAGACAUCCUUGAGUUCUUUAGUAUCAUUCGAAUCAUGAGGUUAUUUAAAUUAACGCGACAUUCGUCAGGACUCAAGAUCCUGAUACAAACAUUCAGAGCAUCAGCGAAAGAGUUAACCUUGCUUGUGUUUUUCCUGGUGCUGGGUAUAGUAAUCUUUGCCUCCUUGGUAUACUACGCUGAGAGGAUACAAGCAAACCCACACAAUGACUUUAAUAGUAUCCCGCUUGGUCUGUGGUGGGCGUUAGUUACUAUGACUACUGUGGGAUAUGGUGAUAUGGCACCAAAGACUUACGUGGGCAUGUUCGUCGGUGCCCUGUGUGCCCUGGCUGGUGUAUUGACAAUUGCGUUACCAGUACCUGUCAUCGUAUCUAACUUUGCCAUGUACUACAGUCACACUCAAGCAAGAGCCAAACUUCCCAAGAAGAGGCGGCGUGUCCUGCCGGUGGAACACGUCCGUGUGGGUCCUGUUGUUUCUCCACCCAAGCGUGGAGGGGGACCCAACGAUAUGAACCGAGGGCCAGGACCAAAGAUGGGCAACGGUGAUGAGGUCAUCCCCAUGUUGAGUCUUAACAACCACCUGCAAUUGGGUGUGGGGUACUGCCCACCUCCACCCACCCCAACAGUGGCAACCCCACCCACCGCCCUCUCCAAUACUUAUGUGGCGGAACCAACCGCCCGCUCCAACAUUCAUACGGCGCCCCCUACCACCCUCAACACUCUCCCGCUGCCCACCGCUGCCCUACCCAACAAUUACAGUGCUGCGAUUCCACCACACCCUCGGACCACCCCCCUAAGUGGCUCCCAAGUGUCCUCUAUACAUGGGCCCCAAACUGUCACACUACGUGGGUCCCAAUCAUCCCCUUUACAUGGGUCUAAAACUCCCUCAGUACGUGUAUCACAAUCAUCUCAUUAUCAUGGCUGUCAGACCAGUGUUGGAGAGAGCUUCUUUUCACCAAGAAACUUUACCUAUAUAGAAGACUUGCAAGAUGCCCUGCAAGGGGCAGAUCUCCGCGACGUAGACAGAGGUCGACUUUCUGAUGUCUUGCAAUCCUCAAAAGCUGUUUAUCCUGCACGUAUGACUCCUUCUUCUUCUUCUACUAACACCCAUCUUCGCCCUCAAACAACCUCUCUUCUCCCUCCACCCAUUACACGGUAACCUGGCGCCUACAUAAUAAAGCCUUACAGUGUUGCCUCAGUAUUCCACCUUAAAUGUACGGUACUCUCAUUUUGUCACAUAACCUUUCUAGCAUUCAAGUCAAACUUUUUUUGUAAUUUGAAUCUUAACCUAUUGUACCCAGUUUUAACCAUAAUAAUAUUACUGUACUAUACCUUGUUAUGGCUUUUAUUCACACUUAUCUUUGUCACUGUUGUUUAUCUGUUUGUUUUCAUAAAUGCAAUGUUUAUAUCUAUUGUUACCCACAGAUGUAUAACUCUUAUCUACUAUUUCCAUUUAUUUACAAGGAAAAUUCAGUUAAACUGCACCAAAUGACAUGCAUUGUUUCUUUCUCAGAAUCAUAGUCUAGAUUAUUUAAAUGUUACCCAUAAUGUAAAAUUCUCAUGUAAUUUCUGCAGGUGUGUGAAACUCAUAUCUGCUCCCUUUACAUAGCCUCAUAUACAAUCAAUAAUUAAUUUGACUCUGUAGUCCCAACAUUGUGCUUGCUGGACUUUCUUCAGAAAAACCUACA